AUGGAGUUGGCUCUGUUCUGCACCAAGGUCAAUAUCCUUAUCCUCGUUCUGGCUCUCUGUUCUCCAUGCAAGUUCAUCCAGAGUCCCAUGGACUUUGGCUCCUCGGACUUCCUCCACACCAGAAACACAGCAGCAUCCUUGGACUUCGGGAGACUCGUCUUCAACUCUCCCUCUGCAGUCCUGAAGCCCCGAUCCCCCAAGGACAUCUCACUCCUCCUCACCUUCCUCUCUGCUUCCUCCUUCGGCGAAGUCACAGUUGCAGCGAGAGGAGCUGGACACUCCAUCCAUGGCCAAGCCCAAGCUCUUGAUGGAAUCGUCAUCGAGAUGGAUUCUAUCCCCUCUGACAUAUACAUCCACAAAAAGGGAGAUGAUGAAGCCGGCUUCUCUCAUGCCGAUAUCAGUGGUGGUGCUCUCUGGAUCGAGCUUUUAGAGGAGAGCUUGAAGGUUGGGCUGGCUCCAAGGUCUUGGACCGAUUACCUUUAUCUCAGCAUUGGUGGGACUCUCUCCCAUGGUGGUGUCAGUGGCCAAACCUUCAAAUAUGGACCUCAGAUCAGCAAUGUCCUUCAACUAGAUGUGGUAACAGGCAAGGGAGAACUGAUGACAUGCUCACCCACCAAAAACUCGGAGCUUUUCUAUGCAGUUCUUGGCGGGUUAGGCCAGUUUGGCAUCAUAACAAGAGCAAGGAUCCUUCUCCAAGAUGCUCCACAGAAAGUGAGAUGGGCCAGAGCCUUUUACGAUGACUUCGACACCUUCACCAGAGACCAAGAGUUGCUGCUCUCCAUGCCGGACUUGGUGGACUAUCUCGAGGGGUUCAUAGUUCCAAACCAGCUGUCCCUCCUCGGCACCUCCAUUGCCUUCCCGGCUCACCUGGGCUUCGUGCCCGAGUUCCAUAAGGUCUACUACUGCAUCGAGUUUGCUGUCCAUGACUUCCAAGCGAAAGGCACCAACGCAGAACAAGUUGUGGAGAAGAUAACGAAGCAGAUGAGCCACAUCCCAUCCCUCAUGUACAGUGUGGAGGUGUCCUACUUCGAUUUCCUCAACAGGGUGAGGAUAGAGGAGAUGAGCCUGAGGAGUAGAGGACUCUGGGAAGUUCCCCACCCUUGGCUCAAUAUGUUUGUGCCCAGGUCUGGGAUCAAGGACUUCAAAGACCUGUUGCUGGAGAACAUCUCACCGGAAGAAUUCGAGGGCCCUAUCCUCGUCUACCCACUUUUAAGAGACAAGUGGGACGCCAACACAUCAGCUGUGCUGCCCGAUGCGCCGGCCGAGCAGGUGGUGUACAUUGUGGGGGUGCUGCGGUCCGCCACUCCAGCCAGUUGCCCCGCUCGGUGCCUCGACGACAUCCUCCGCCGCAACCGCCGCAUAGUAGAGGCGGCCUCCGCCCCGCGAAUCGGCGCAAAGCAGUACCUCCCACGCCACCCGUCCCCGCUCCAUUGGCGUGAUCACUUCGGGCGGCGGUGGAACCGGUUCGCGGCCCGCAAAAGCCUGUUCGACCCCCUCAGCCUCCUGGCUCCUGGCCAAGGCAUCUUCACCAGAACACACGCUUCCACAGUAUAGUAUCAGAUAUCAUCGGGACACAGUUUCAAAUAUGAAUCGAGAGGAGGGGAGAAGAAGCAUGCACUCUGUUCCAUGAUCCUCUGCUCUUUCCUUUUUCUUUCCAAUAUUAAAUAUGAAGAUGUUGUUAGAACAAUUAAUUAAAAUAUUAAAUAUUUCUAAA